AUGCCAGCGAACGCAACCUCCUCCGAUGUCAAAGUGGCUGCGGAUGCCCUUUCGCCUGUAGACGCAAGCUCGAAACCAGCGACGGCUACCCAUAUCCGCUUCAACGCGUUUCCCUAUACAGGACUGAAUGACUUCUUCAUGAAUUGCGAAACCGGAUUCUUCUCGAUCGGUGCCGGAGGCGGGCACUACGGGCUCUGGAUUGAUAGCAGCAUCGAGCACGGCCACAGCUCCCGGUGUGCGACUUUCGGGAAUGAGCCUCUGAGUCAGCAGGGCGAAAAGUUUUACGUUAUAAAUGCGGAACUCUGGGUUGUGGGUGGAUGA